AUGUUCAAGUCCACUGCUGUCGUUCUACUUGCCGCUUCGGCCUCUGCCAUGACUCCUGAUUCUAGUAUUCCAGCUGAUUCUGCUGUUGGAAUGAGGCUUCUGAACAAGGCUCGUGCUUUGGAUCAAAAUAGAGAUGAUUCUUCCUGGAUGGCUGGAUACUCCAUCAAGUACAUGGGUUGCUCUUCCUUGAUCCAAGUCCGCGAAGACGCCGGAGAAGAUGAAUCCAACUUGUACACUAUGAACAUGGUCAAGUUCGGAUUGUGCUCUAGCAGCGAAUCUUGCGGAUCCUGCGGAAAGGGAAAGGCUCAAUACGUUGUCAACAUGAACGAAUUCAUUGAUGCCUACACUGAAAUGCAAAUGAAUGCCAAGGAACAAGCCUGUGAAAACAUUCGCGAAAAUUGCUACUGUGACGAUGCCAAUGAUGACGACGUCUGUGAAGCUGCAUGCUACACCAGCGCUGGAAUGGACUCUUGUAUUGAAUACGAGGGAGGAGAUGAGUUUGAGAUUCAAGAGUAUUUGGAAUGUGCCGAAUUGGAAGGUGGAAACAACAACAAUAACAACAACAACAAUGGAAACUACAACUACAAUAACAACAACAACAACAACAAUAAUGUUGACAUGUACCAACAGUACUACGUUGGACCCGUCUGCUCGGAUGGAUUUGAAAUCAACCUUGCCACGUUCUAUGACAACGGAUGCACACAAAAGACGAAGUCUGGUGUCUGGGAAGCCUUCAACUACGGAAGCUCUCUUCCUUUCUCCAAGGAAUCCAUGGUUUCCAACGACUGCAUCUCUUGUGUUGACAACCAAAACAACAAUAACAACAACAAUAACAACAACAACAACAACAAUAACAACAACAAUGGAGAUGUUGAGAUCAUCGAACUUUGCGAACAAUCCGUUGAGGAAGCUGCCAAGUGCGAGAGUGGUUUGACAAAUGUUUUGUACUAUGCCGACGAAUCUGGCUGCGACUACAUUCAAAACAUUCUUCCCAAGUUGUCCAAGGCCACUUCUCAAAUCACCGGAAACAAGGUUUCGCGAUCAGCUGGCGGAGGUUCUGCUGCCGUCACCUUUGCGGUUCUCUUUGCCUUGACGACCGCGGUCAUGGGAGCUUACUCCUUUUUCUUGUACCGCAAGAUCCAUCGUGCCAAGGUCAACCUUGCCUCUGCCGAAGGUACUUUGGCUUAA